CGUAUCCGCCCCAUCCGUAGCGUAGGGGCGGAGUCGGACGAUCGGGCGCGUGUCGUUGCCUGGUCAGUGAGUAUUUGUUUGCCGUAAGAACUGGACCCGGAGGAUCCACUAUCCACGAUCUUUCGUUUCAGACCUUCCGUAAGCGAGUAAUUCAACCACCCCCUUUCGCUGCCCCCCUUGUUCAUCCCGAGGGACAAUAGACGUUACGUGUGUGCUAGUCAGGCUUAGCUAGUGUCUGCCCGUCGCGUAACGUUAUUAUUUUCUUCGGCUUGAUUUCAAGUAAACAUCGGCGGUUGUCGACAUGGGUACCGGAAGGGUUGUCAAGCGUCACCCUGACAGCUGGUUCACGUGAAGAGGUACAGAAAAUGAAAACCGGGCAGUAAGUGUUGUUGGUGAGACUGUCUUGUUAUAAACAGACUUUCAGGAGAAAAUGUCAUACGCGCAGUUUGGAUAUGCAGCUUUCACCCCUACUACACAGCUAAUGGUGGGAAACACUAGCACGAGCUCUGUGUCUUCUCCGUGCUGUGGAGGUGACUCCUCUGGGCGCACAUCGUCGGGGGUGGAUUCCUCUUCAGUAUGUUCUUUGCCUGCCACCUAUGAUUCCAGGUUGCUUACUACGUACCACCCGCGGCUGUAUGAACCCCAGGCCUACCCCAACUUUACAGGGGUCGACUCUUCAGCCUUCUAUCCUUCACUGGGUACAGCGUAUAGCAUGAAAGAUGCAGGUGAUCCUUGGAGAGGCAUUGCACCAUCGGCUUCCUAUUAUUAUGACCCCAGUCUUGCAGCUUAUGGAUAUGGAGGCUUAGAUUUCAAUGGUGCCCGGAGGAAAAACGUAACCAGGGAUUCCACCAGCACUUUGAAAGCGUGGUUAAACGAGCACCGGAAGAACCCUUACCCGACGAAAGGAGAGAAGAUUAUGCUGGCCAUCAUCACUAAGAUGACUCUCACCCAGGUGUCCACAUGGUUCGCCAAUGCCCGUCGAAGGCUGAAGAAAGAGAACAAAAUGACCUGGGAGCCCAGGAACAAGAUGGAUGCCGAUGAUGUCAAAGACUACGAAGACGACGAGGACGGGGAAGAAGAAGGCGACAGCAAGAGGAGCCGGACGGAUAGAAGUGAAAGGGUGGAGACCGAUUCCCGGACGGCGAGGUGCGACAGCGAAGAUGAGGGUGAUCGACGGAUUACGUCGUGCGAUGAUUCAAUUGACGGUGCAAUUCAUUACGCAUCUCCAACUCAAGUAACUGGACGUGCAGCCUACCAGAUACUCCCACAUCACAGGGACAAAUUACCCAACAGUAGCGCACAGCAGAUGGAAAACGAUCCUAGAGAAACAGCUCUGUUACCUUCCUCUGAAUUUACUCCCACCGAUAGCUCAUCUUCAUCAAACUUGCCCGAUAUUCAAGCCCUCAUGCGUUCUUCACCGGUGGAUCCAAAAGAAAGAAGUUCACAUUCAGAUAUGGACACAGUGAAAACCUCGAACUCACCACCAAUAGCGGAGGAGGUCGAUAUAUCCGGCCGCUCACUAUCCGGAAGCAACAAACCUAAGAUUUGGUCGUUGGCAGACACAGCCACGAGCAAAAGUCCUCCUCCUCCUUUAAAUGGCAACACCGCGACUCAAGAAGGAUCUGGAGGCAUGAUGGACAUGUUAGGACAUUGUGGUUGGUUUUCAGUGAAUCCUUACCAAGUAACAAAUGCAUCAAGUUCUUUAGGUGGUUUCGGUGGUUACCAUCCUCACCCGAGUGCCACUUUCGCUUCUCCUCCAGGUGGUCAUGGAGGGGCUUGUUCAUCAGGACAAGGAUUCGUUCCACCUCAGACAGACACUCCACCGCAAACACCACCGAAUAUGAAGGUUUCUUCUGCACUGAGUUCUACGACUUACCUUGGCAGCCAAGGUGCACAUCUUUACCAAUCAGCUGCUAUAGGUGGUGCCAAUCUCAACCCCGCAAUUCAAGCGGGUAAAAGUGGAGGACCAUAUCCUUUGUCGAGUCACAAUCGACCUUACAGGCCGGACUCUUUACCGGAGGAUUACUCAACGACGUGGCACUUCCGAUCCACUGUGCUGCAAUAAAUUUACCCCUCUUUCAAAAUAUAUCUUUUUCUGAGGAAGCUCAUCUUUGAACUAUGACGAAUGCUCAGCAAUUGAAAAAAUGACGAAUUACUGUUCAUACAGACUGCUUUAAGCCGCCAGAGUUAUUCAAAUAUGUCGAAAGUUUCAUCUGACCAUAGAACGUAGAAAAAACAGAGACUCUGGUAGGAAGGAAAGCUUAGAGAAAUUAUCAGGAUUUACAUCAGAGUAGGAAAAGUGCAUUCGAAUUUAAAGAUUUUUUCAUAUGUGAUUAAAGUUGCAAAGCAAGGAUGCACAAUGUUAAUGUACACUAAAUCCAAAAUGUUUUUUGCAGAAUUUUCAGUAUCUGAUGCAAUUUUUCGACUUCUGAUUUGUUCAUUAGCUUAACAGACCGAGAACUCAACAAAUGUAAAUAGCCUGCAUGUAUAAACUUGAAAACAAUGAUGUUAAACUAAAAUUUAAAAUUCAGCUAAAGCGGAUUUUUUAUUUAUUUAUUUAUUAUAUUAUUCGAAUUUCUCCGAUACCGAAUUUAGCAAUGUACUUAAAAUAACUCUCUUGUUAUACCAUUCCUAAAAUAUUGUAAUAAUUUCAAGAUGCAUGCAUCCUGUAAAUGCUUCAUAUAGCUGUGAAAUGUUUUAUAACAUAUCACUCAAGAGAAGGUUUUAGUUAUACCAUUUCUAAAAAUCAGAAGCUGUAAAUUAAUUUACAACGAGGAAUUGCAUAAAUAUAUUUAAAGAAACUAUAACUCUUUUCAUAAGAUAAUAAAUAUUGUUUUAAGUUUAUUAACAAAAACACUAAAAUUAGUUAUAGCUUUCGGAUUUUCUAACAAGAGAAAGAAAUAGGUUACACAAUUCGGGAUUAUUUGCAUUAAGUUAUUAGUUUUCAUUUAAGAAUGUUAUAUUGCUGUUAAAAUUACUUCAUAGAAAAGUUCUCAUAUUUAUAAAACGAAACGACUUUCCGUAUUACAUAUAUUAUUUUUUGACCACAUCUUUUAAUUUCCUAAAAUAGAAGAACUAAAAUAUAAUAAAUUACCACAAAUUCUUCGGUAAAUUCUAUCUCGUCGGCAAGAUUUUUAUUUGGUUUUGCCCAAUAUGAAAUUUCAAAGUAGUCUUUCUGAAUAAAUAUCUUAAUAAAUCUAUACAGACUCUCAAAAUAUUUACUGCGAAUGUUUGCUUACAUAUACACACGCGAAGAUAUAUACAUUAUUUUUUCAGAAAGGUUACUUUGCAAUUUCGUAAGUCCGGCUAAAUUAUAUUACAUCUGCUAAAUUGUUAUGAGAAUUUUAGGUUUUUAAAUGGAAACAGUGUUUAAAAAAAUACACGAGAAACCAAUCGAAAGUUAACUUUUGCAGAACGCAACAUAAAUAUUUAGUAUUUAAUACAUACUUUUGUAUUUAUCAAAUGCUACAUAUUUAGAUUUAAAAUUUUAAUUAAUUUGAUAUAGAUCAUUAGCAAACGUUUUAUAGCGCAUCAGUUCUGCGUAAUGGAUGUUUAAAUUUUAGUAAGCAAUACAGUUAACUUUCCUUUAAAUCAAAAUUAGCAUAAUUUUAUUUGAAUACAUGUUUAUUGAUAAUGAAAGCUUCCUGAUGAAAAAUUAAAGAAAAUUUCUCCAGCGGACUUAAACGAAUGUAGAGAUUUACCCAAGAUUAAAUUUCGUUACAUAAUUAAUCGCACAAAGCUAUUUUAAAACAUUAGCUCCAUAUAUGACCUUUGCUCAACGUGAACAACUCUGUACCAUUUGUGUUGUUCUGCCUUCUAUGGGCUACUGCAUCAAAUAGAAAAUUUCAAUGCUCUUUCGAAGAAAACGGUGUAUCACCCUACCCUUUCUCCCCAUUACAGUUAAUUUUAGGACUUUUUUACUUGCUGUGAAUGAACGUAAGAACCUUAAUGAAUAGUCUAUCACCCAAUGAUAAGUAGCUUUUGACUUGGUGUGAAAAUAUAUUUUAGAUUCUUCCCUGUACAGCACGAUUGAAGUCUUCCACAAGACCAAAUAUCUAAAUUCUAAUUUGUUUGGUUUUAGAAUCGAAUACCGAAUAUAACAAUCGAAUCAUUUCAUGAAGCGAAAAAAAUAAUUUAGAUGUGAAUCCAUGUUUUAUCAAAUAACUUUCUAAAACUCCUAUCUAAUAUUUAAUGUACUUGCAUAUAAUUAAGACACAAUAACAUGCCGAAUAAAUACUAAUUCAGAAGUCAAACAACAAAAAUUAGCGUUAUAUUUACAAAAUUUUCACAGGACUAGUUUCGAUGGUUUUACCGAACC